ACCCGCUGUCCCCAAAGUCACCGAGGGCGGAGCUCUUGUUACAGAGUCCAUCUUUGAUUUUGAAUAUGCCCACGGACUGUGGAUAAAGUCUAAAUUCAUCCACAGCUAGCGUUGCGGGAGCGGGUCAACGCUGCCGCCGAAAGACUUAAUGCUCCAAGUGGGAAAAGACGCAGAAGAAACGGAGCAACCGAGCGGCUAAAUGGCGGAGGAUAUGGUGCUGGAAGAACGGGAGAACUGCCGUAAUGGGAGGCUGCUCGAUGCUGAGCUGAAGCCCAGAAUCGGGCCUGACACGGCAGAGGAGCGCCUGAAGAUAAAAGAAGAGACUGGUGCUGAUGAGCGGGAUUGGAAAACAGUCGUAGUUCAAGAGGAGCCCACGUGUCCGUCCAUUAAAGAGGAAGAGGAGGAAGUGUACAUCAAUGACACUGGAGUGAGUGUGAAGUUUGAAGGAGAAGAAGAUGAAGAAAAACCUCAGUUCUCACCGUUUCAUCAGGGUUAUGGUGAGGAGAACGGGGAAGUGGAAAGGGAACUCAAACCAGAAAGAAUUUCUGGUUCAUUUGGAUCAUUAGGACUUCGUACUGAGGACGACCCUGAAGACUUUUCGGAGGUCGACUGCUCGUCCGAUACUGAUGAAAGUGAGGGGGAUUGGAAAGAUCUAAGUGAGUCGAGUUUAAUUGCAAUGAAGAAUGAAGCGGCCCCCAGUGACACGAAAGGUGAACAGCGUUUUUUUACGAUUAAAGAAGAGUUCCCCUGUGAGCCAAGGACGUGUAGAACGGCUGUGGAACAACAGGAGUCGGACCCUCGUCGGAUAAAGCAAGAAACUGGGGAACUUCGUAUUAAACAGGAGCAUGUGGAUGUUAUCGCUGUGAUUGUGAAGACUGAAGAUGAGGAAGAAGAAAGGGUCCCCAGAUUUUCACCACUUGGUCAGAAUCACACUGAAGAGGACGGAGAGAACUACGGAGCACGAGGACUGGUCAGAACCCCAGCUCUAGAUGACCAGACAGAACAAUGUAGUACGGAUGAGAGUGGACGUUUUUCUGAGUCCGGAGAGAGCGAAGGUGGUUGGAAGGAGUCUGAUCGGUCGAGUACACAGACAAAUACUCCGGUUUUGGGUAAUGACGUUGAAAGCUACCCUGAUUGUUGCAGUCCAUUAACCUAUAAGUCCAAACUACUGAAACAAAUGUGCAUUGGUUUUGAAGAGAAAUCAUUUAUUUGCCUUCAAUGCGGGAAGACAUUCGCAAAUAAGAAGAACCUGAGGACACAUGAAAAAAUUCAUACGGGAGAAAAGGAGUUCAGUUGUUUUGAAUGCGGAAAACAAUUCACACAAAAGACUAAUCUGAUCAGACAUGAAAAAAUUCACACGGGAGAGAAACCGUUCACCUGCUCAGAGUGCGGCAAGGCCUUUAUAAGUAAGUGUGUUCUGGAGUCACAUGAGAAAGUUCACACGGGUGAAAAACCAUUUAUGUGCCUCAUCUGUGGUAAAAGAUACAAGCAGAGGGCUCAUCUGCGGACACAUUCAAGAGUUCAUAGUGGAGAAAAACCGUUCAGUUGCUCCUUGUGUGGUAAAACAUUUACACGAACUAGUAAUCUGAGGAAACACGAAAAGUUCCACUCAGGGGAGAAAUCGUUUAGUUGUUCCGAGUGUGGGAAAAGUUUUACACUUAAAUUCCAACUAAAAUCGCAUGAAAAGGUUCAUACAGGGGAGAGACCUUUCAGUUGCUCCGAGUGUGGGAAAAGAUUUGCGCAAAAGAGUGACCUGAGGACACAUGAAAAAAUUCAUACAGGAGAGAAACCAUUUAGUUGCUUUGAAUGCGGCAAAACGUUUUCACAGAGUAGCAACCUGCGGACACAUGAAAAAAUCCACAAAGGAGAGAAACCCUUCAGUUGCUCUGAGUGCGGGAAAAAAUUUAGACAAAAUAGUCACCUGAGAUCACAUGAGAAACUUCACGAAAAAAAAUGAAUGAAUACUGAUUAUUAUUUGAAAACAGAUAAUCAUAGUGAUGUAAUCAUGCACAUGUUGCUUAUGUAAAUUACACUGGGGAAGUAUUUGCAGUUGACAAAGUAAACAUACAGUACAAAGUACAUACCGUACAUACUCAUGUAUUACAUAUAUAGACAGAUAGAUAGCACUAUUAAUCCCACGGGAGUUCCCUUCGGGGAACAUUUAGGAUUAGCCGAUUUGCGUAUAAGCCGAACCCUGAAAAUUCCCAAAAUGGUGAUUUUUACAAAAACUCGCAUAUAAGCCAACCAUAAUGUUUUCAUUUUUUGCCGUGGUAAAAUGUCUUACUGCUGUGUGCAUCAACAAAUUGAAUUUCUAUAAUUAACUUUACAUAUACGAGCAACGAUAAAGCCAAGUAAUCUUUACUAUGAAAAGUAUUCUUUAUGGUUUGGACGUUGCCAUGUAACUCGUCUGCAUUAUAAAUUCACAAGAAAGAGGAUAUAUGAUAUAUGGCUGG